AUGGCUGACACGAAGAUCAGUAAGGUCUGUGUCAUCACAUCGGAGACCCGUGGGAAGCACCAGUGGAAGCCGGAAGUUGUGACCGUCCAGGGGACCGACUUCAUCAAACUGCAUCGUUGGUCCCGAGACUUGACAAGGUACGUCACGGGGCGGGCCUUGGACCUGCGCAAGGGCAAAGGGCACUGCCUGAGCGGCGACUACAUGGAGCACCUGGUCACGGAGAGGAACAAGAAAAGCCGAGAGGCAUACCAGGAAGCCAUGCGGUCAACGCAAGAAGGCGAAGAGCCGCCUCAGCCAAGGCGCAGGCGCACAGUCAGGCAAUCUGACUCGGCAGUCGCACCUGCAGUGGUGCCUGCCGCUGAUUGGCAUCCGGAGAGGGAGGUCCAAUGCUUAUGGUCCGUUAAGUCGCCUCACCUUUGGCUUGAAAUGAGCGAAGACAUCAUGGUGCACCUCAAGGCCGGAAUCAUGCAGGGCAUUCCUGAGCACGAGCGCGACGCUAAGAAGCGCAAGCCCAGCAGAGCAGAGCCUUUGCCUGAGGCUGAACGGGAUGCUUCCGAAUCAGGCACGCAAUCCUAG